GGAUGAUGUCACGACGGUGGCACGACGUCCGACACGAUGCCCAGCAGUGGCCAAGGCCAGCGCAUACAUGCCGAACACACAGUGUAACACAUCUGGGAGGCACGCGUUCGCUGUUCGCCUCCCUGCAGCACCCUGCUCGCUCGCGGCCCUCACGACUCUAACCACCAGCCUCCUCUACAUUCUGUUCUGAUCCGCAUAUACUCUGCUGCCAGGUCGUCGCCUGUUCUGCACUAACCACCGCCAUGUCUAACGCCAAGGGAGGACCCUACGUGCCUGGUCCGACACCUAAUUAUGCACCGCAGUAUGCACCUCCUGCUGGCCCUCCGCCCAGUGGCUACGGUGACCAGAAGUCGCCGUAUGAGGGAGAUCGGUUUCGGCCGCGGAAACGGAUCAACGACCCGCUCUUCUUGAUUUUCUUCCUGCUGCAGUUUGCAGGAUUCAUAGCGCUUUCAGGCAUCGCUCUGGGUCAAUGGGUCAAGAAUGGCGGUUUGGGCGGCGGUGUUGGGGGCAGCACGGGGACUGGUGUUACGCUUGACUAUCACACUGUAAUCCUGUUGCUGUUCGUUACCGCUGCAGCACUCGUCCUGUCAACAAUAUACCUUAUCCUCACGCGCUUCUUCACGCGUCUAAUCAUGCACAUCACCCUCAUCCUUGCCAUUGUUUUGAACAUUGGAAUAUGUGUGUACUAUUGGACGACCCACUACUGGUCUGGAGCGAUCAUCUUCACCAUCAUCGCUCUCUUCUCGAUCUUCGCCUACUUUGGGUACCGCGCACGUAUCCCGCUCGCGUCGUUACUCCUGCAAGUAGUCAUGGAUGUAGCGAAGCAUCACUGGAGCGUGUAUACCGUCGCCUUCGUUGCGCUCAUUGUUCAGGCGGCGUGGAGUGUGUGGUAUACAUUCUCAAUCAUCGCCAUCUAUGCGAAGUGGACGCCAGGAAACCCUUCUUGCGGAUCGGGCUCCUCCUGCUCUAGCAGCAAGGUCGCCGGUCUCAUCUUCUACGCGACCUUCUCCUAUCUCUGGACAUCGCAGGUUAUUGGUAACGUGGCUCUGGCCACGCUCGCUGGUGGGCCAUUCGGUUCAUGGUACUACUUCGGCCCUCGAGAGCAGGGCACGAUGCCACGGCACCCUACUUUGUCUUCCUUUGGACGCGCCUCGACGCUCUCCCUGGGCUCUAUCGCGUUCGGCUCGCUCAUUGUGACCCUACUGGAUGUCAUCAGGCUUAUCCUCAAUGCUAUUCGCAACAAUGCCAAUGAGAACGGGCAUCCGGUGGAAGUAUGCCUCGCGUGCUGCGCCGAGUGUAUCGUUGGUUGUAUCGAGGGAUUGGUGCAGUACUUUAACAGAUAUGCAUACAUUGAGAUCGCGUUGUAUGGCAAGCCUUAUAUGCAAGCCGCUCAGAGUGCGUGGCACCUCUUGCGUGACAGGGGUGUCGAUGCGCUCGUCAACGAUUCGCUUGUCGGCAUGACACUCACCUGGGGCGCGUACGCGAUUGGGCUGAUCUGCUCGUUGUUUGCGUAUCUGUACUUGCGCUACACGCAUCCCUCGUAUAAUGAUGACGGGCAGUAUACCGCACCGGUGCUCCUGUUUGCGUUCCUCAUCGGCCUGCAAUGCAUGAUGACGCUCUCGUCAGCCAUCCAAGCAGGCGUGUCGACCAUCUUCGUCGGCCUGGGCGAGGACCCACAAGUGCUAGCGUACCGCGCCCCCGCGCUCUUCAAUCUCAUCGCAGCGACGUAUCCCCAGGUAGUGCAGGGCGUGCCGAGGGUGUAGCGCGGGCCCGGGUGUAGUCUCAUGCCCAUAGCUGGUGGGAGAUAACCGCACAAGAUUCAGACGAUAUUACGAUAGUCAAACUGUACUGUCUAGAUGUGUGCUUUGUGUAUCAUCACUAGUGUAGACCCAUGAUGGACUUGCUCAGACGUAUCUCUACAUCUACUGGCGUAAUAUCGUCUCGGAGUCGCAUGCGUCGAA